AUCUAUUCCAGCUCCUCCAGACAUGAGCCGGGCAGCGUGCUGGGUGGGAGACUCCUGCCACCUGUCCGAGCCUUCCCUGCCCACCCCAAGACUAGGUGCGCAUCCACAUCCUUCCCACUGCUCACUGCCUGGACGGUUGUUAGGGUGAUGCCCUGUUACCUGCAAACUGGGUGAGACGGUGAGGCAGGAGGCAAAGGCGUUAUGGACACCAUAUCCUUGGACAGGAAUCAGAACCCAUCAGAUGGCAGCAUUCUGCACGCAGAAAACCAGAGCAGCUACUGGACCACGGAGCGAGACGGCGAGGUGCGGCUUCGGCUGGGCAGGGACACGAGUGACCAGCAGGCGCCGCUCACCGUGCACGACAUGGUCAUGCACUCGGCCAUCAAGUACGCCAACUACAUCGCGCUCGGCACCAAGCGCAGGAACCACUGGCACCUGAUCACCUACGUCCAGUACUACGAGCUGUGUCGCCGCGCGGCCAAGGGCUUCCUUAAGCUGGGCCUGGAGCGCUUUUGCACCGUGGGCAUCCUGGGGCUCAACUCAGAGGAGUGGGUGAUCGCCAGCAUCGGGGCCAUCAUGGCAGGAGGCAUCUUUGUCGGCAUCUCAGCCAAUACCUCCCUCAAAGCCUGCCAGGUCAUCGCCAAGAACUCAGAGCUAAAUGUGUUGGUGGUGGACAGCAGUAAACAGCUGGAAAAGAUCAACCAGAUCCAGGGCUCCCUGAAGCACCUGAAGGCAAUCGUGCAGUACGAGGAGACUGUCCAGACUGCGCACCCCAACCUGUACUCAUGGCAAAGGUUCCUGGACCUCGGCGGAGACAUCUUGGAUGAGGUGCUGGACCACAUCAUUGACUCCCAGAAGCCGAACCAGUGCUGCGCCUUGGUUUACAGCCUGCAGAGCACGAGUUCCCCCAGAAUCAUAAUGCUCAGCCACGACAAUAUCACCUGGACCACCAGGGCCACGGUGCAGAGCCUGAAUUGCAAGUGUCCACCUGUCGGGCAGGAGGUGCUGGUGAGCUACCUGCCGCUCAGCUACAUGUGCUCGCAGAUCCUGGACAUGUGGGUGGCCGUCGCCGUGGGUGGCACGCUGUACUUCUCCCCGCAGGAUGCCCAGAGACUAGGGGAGGCCCCUCACCCACCUGGCACUGGCUACCUGACGGACCUGCUGCGGGAGGUACAGCCCACCACAUUCCCAGGCACCCCGUGGGUGUGGGACAGGAUGAUGGAUGGCCUCAGGACCAGCCAGCUGGCGUCCACAGCGCUGCGUAGGCGCCUCGACAUGUGGGCCAUGGACGUGGGACUGAGUACCAACAAGAAGCGCAUGUUCGGGGACCUGCAUUCCUCGCUGAGCUUCCGCCUGGCCAAGAAGCUGACCUUCAGUCGUGCCCGGAAGCUGCUGGGCCUGGGCCGCUGCGAGCAGUUCCUCAGCGUGGGCACGGGGCUGUCCAGGGGCACCCUGGACUUCUUCCUCAGCCUCGACGUCCCCAUCUAUGAGCUCUACGGCCUGUCUGAGAGCACGGGCAUCCACACACUCGCCUCGCGCCAGGACUUCCGGCUGCUGAGCUGUGGGAAGGGGCUCCCCAGCACCCGCACCAGGGUGAAGGAGGAAGAUGAGGAGGGCAUCGGCAGCAUUAGCCUCUGGGGCCGGCACAUCUUCAUGGGCUACCUCGGCGACAGUGAGAGCACCACGAAGAAGACGGACGGCCACGGCUGGCUGCACACGGGAGACCUGGGCUUCUUGGAUAUUGACAACUUCCUCUACAUCCGGGGCAAUGUCGGGGACAUCAUCACGCUGAGUUCAGGGAAGACGGUCAACCCAAGCCCCAUUGAGGAGCGGGUGAAGGCGUACAUCCCCAUCGUCCACUACGCGGUGGUGGUGGGCCAGGACGCCCCCUACCUGUGUGCCCUCCUCACACUCAAGUGCCAGGUGAACUGGGAGACCGGGGAGCCCCGCACUGCGCUGACCAGUGAGACGGUGGCAGUGUGCCGGGGCCUGGGGAGCCGGGCCACCAGGCUGGCGGACAUUGUUUACAACGACGACCCGGUCAUCGCCGAGUUCAUCAGCAAAGGCAUGGAGGCCGUGAACGCUGAGGCGCCCUCUGACAGCGCCAGGAUCGUCAAGUGGGCUGUGCUGGAAACGGACUUCUCGGUGGGCGGCGGGGAGCUCGGAAUCACGUCGAGACUGAAGAGGGCGACUGUGAUCAGGAUGUACCAAGCCGAAAUCCAGAACUUGUACAAGCACUAGAGGAGUCUUUAG